GCAAUUCUUCCAUCUUAUUUUCAAGAAUCGGAAUGGGAGGGGAUCCGUACUUCGGCAAAUUACCGCCGGAGCUACUAGGGAAGAUAGCCACCGCCCUUCCGCUCGAUGAAGCCACGAGGACCAGCAUCCUCUCCCGCCGAUGGCGGAGUCAGUGGAGAUCGGCGCUGCCAAACCCGCACUUCGCCGGCAACCCGACCACCCAGUUCGCCCCCAACGGUUACCCAAUCUCGUGCUUCGACACCGUGGACGAAUUCCUGAACUGGGUCGACAAGGUCAUUAUCCGCGGGACCGCCGCCGAGCUCUCGAUCGAAUCGCUGGGGCUGAAUUUCGAACCGGAGGAUACACAUUGCGGGUGGAUCGAGUUCAAUUACAAGACGGACGGAUCCAAUACGGCGGCGGCGCUGGUGGACGGCGCUUGCACCUGCUGCCGAUUCAAAGUCGUGUCUUUUCGCAGGCCGGACAGAGUACUCUCCCUGAGCGGUCUGUUGUCGGGAAGAAGGCGGGGGGAACUUCUCAAGCGCUUGGCCCUGCGGAACUGCGACAUGGGAAUCCUGAGGAGCCAACUCACCGGCGCCGGCAACAGUUUCCAGUUUCUGAUAUCCCUGGUGGUGCAGAAGGGGCGAUUCAUAGAGGCGAGAUUCCUAAGCUGUUUCAUCUACGGUUGCCCGGUUCUCCAGGAGGUGACCUUGGAAGACUGCUGCAUCGUGGACAAUUACGAGUAUGGGGAUGAGGACGGCACCGUUCUACGACCUUGCUCCGGUGGUCGGUUGAUGAUCGUGAGGGAAAGCUUGAUGCUUUUGAGAUUGACUAGGUGCAGUGGCUUCGCAGAAGUUGUGUACGUGUCCCGAAAAAGGAAAAAUGAUUAUCGCCCCACAAUACAAGAUGACACGAUAGAAUUCGAUUUUUCUGAUUUCGAGCCAAUACCGACCAGCGAUGUUGCCUUAUUGACAUUCUCUUGGCAACUUGGGUGACAAUGAAGAGAGAGAUUACAGAAGUUGUGUUCAAUUUCUUAUGUUCUAUUUUGAUCGUAAUUAGUUUUAAAUUGUACUUUACAAUAUAAUGAUUAAUAAAGCACCAACCCAUAAUGACAACUGGGCCUGAAAAAGUAGUGAUCCAUCCAUGAAAUGAAGAGUCACGGGCCCAUUAUCAGCUUUAUUUGGACAAAAAAGAGAACUGGGCCAAGAGAAAAAGUGAUGGUCCAGUUUGGACAGCCCGACAGGCUAUACGGGCCUGAGAGUCACCGGCCUGUUAUCCCUCCACUGCCUGGAGCGGGAAGCCGCGCUGCUCUGUGAAACCAGCCUGACGCUUUAUCCGCCGACUCUAGGAACCAGGUCAACUCGGCCUUCGCCGACCUUCCUGGCCCAACUCCAAGCUUGGAGCGGGCAAGCCAGAAAUCUGACUCAUCAAGCCCAGCCCUUGAGGCCGGCCCAAUGUUCCACCACAUUAUUGCCUCCACUCGGAUUACAAGCUCGCGUUACCAAGCUCGGCGACGGAUGUUGAUUUCCAAACAAUAAUAAACGUUAUCAACAGCUUCAGUUUCAGCAAUGUGGUAGAUAGAAGCAUUCUUAGGUUUGCUGCGUCUUCUCUUCCUUCUGUAUAACCUUUUACCACAGAAGCUCAAAAAUGGUCUCCAACAAAUAACUCAAAGUCAGAUCGGUAGCUCCAUCUUUCUUUUACUUCUGUGUUUUCCUGGUUUCGUCUUUGUCACUGGAAGCUGUCGAUUCCAGUAUCGUAAUUAGCUUGCUGUUUGGACCAAGCUUUGGAAUGGGAACAAAAUGCCUCUUUUGUAAAGAGUUGAGCAACUUAGGGUCUUGGAAAGCACUCUCGUUCAUAAUGGAAUGAAUAUGAACUGAACUAUUGAGUUAAUGAAAGGGGGAGAGGACUAUUGAUUGACAAUUCUGUGCUUUCUUCUGUGUGUUUACCAAAGAAAAGAUAGGAAGAUUUGCAGCAGUUAACUUUAACCCAGAAUAUGAGGAAGAACAGUAAGUAUACUACAUAUAGGACUAAUUAGCAUCCCUAGUAAUCCAUCAUGGCAUAUACAAAUUGUAUUCCUCAAUGGUAUAUUCUCUUUUAGUCUAGAAACUACAUUGCAUUGGUUUACCACGUAUAUUAAUUAUGGUCUUUUGUAACUCAAAGCAUUAACGAUUCGUCCAAUUUUUCGGGACCUUAUGUUACGGUUCUUUUGCAAACCCAAUAGUGCAUUCUUGCAUUACAGGAAUUUUUAUAAUCUCAUUUAGAAUGUUACAUGAUUUUUCCUCUUAAUACAAAUAUUAUGUAGUUUUGUACAUCAACCAAAAGCGUCAACAAUUCAACGAAUUACAAGCAUGAGGCCGAUUCUACAUUACAUGAAUUCUUAAUGUUACUCAGGAUACAAACAUAAUCUGUUAUAUAUAUAGUUAUGUCAAAUCUUUACGUACAUUAUAUUGUUUUCUUGAUACGAGCACUAUGUGUUCCGUACUUCAACCCAUAGUAUAAACAAUUCACCCAAUUAUAUGAGAUCCUACAUCAUAGUUCUUGGAAAUUAAAUAACGCUUCGAGUUCGUGAUUGAAGCUCGCUUGGAAUAGAGGCCAUCGUAAGGU